GUCUGUUUUGUAGUAAUUCGUAAAAAAGUGGUUUCUGUACCAACUCUGUUUUAAUUUAAUUAUUUCUAAAAGAGAAUUGGCCUCAGUAAUGAAAAGAAACAUUUAAAAGUAAUGUUCAGGGCAUGGCUGGCACUGGCACUAUUUACGGAAUACCAUGGUGCUGCACUUGUUACCUACGUUUUAUGGGGAUAACUGGGGUGUGUUUUGGGUAAUGUGCUGACUUGUCGAGCUAGAAGAGGGCUGCAGUCAUUAGUGACAUUUUUCAGAGUCAAAACACUGAAAAAUCCAGCCCAAGGUCAUGCUAAGACGUGCCUUUCUUCAAGCAUGGAGAAUCAGAAGGCAAGGCCCAGGUGUAAAUCUAUUGAGGAAAAGUCAAGCUUCAGUUACGUCAAUGAAAAAUGUGAGAACUAUGUCAUCAAAUUGGAACCAUGAAAACAGGUACCACGACCCGGUGGUGGUGGACGUCACGCCGCGUGAGCCGCUCUCGCCGGCCACCUACGAGGCCGUCUGCGAGGAGACCCUGGAGAGCCUCUGCUCGGCGCUCGAGGAGCUGCUCGAGACGGCCGCCAGCCAGCCCGGAGUCGACGUCGAACUCAGCAACGGCGUGCUGACGGUGAAACUGGGCGAGGCGGGCACCUACGUCAUCAACAAGCAGUCGCCCAAUCAGCAGAUCUGGCUCUCGUCCCCCGUCAGCGGGCCCAAGAGGUACGAUUUCGUAGACGACGGCUGGGUGUACCGGCGCGACGGGCUGCAGCUGCACGAGCUGCUCUCCCGCGAGCUCAGCCAGCUGCUGGGCACCUCGGUCGACCUGAGCUUGUGCUCACACACCGGCAGCUAGCGCCAUCUCUUGUGGAGGUUGGUAACUGCAGGCUGUCACUGCGGCCGUCAGGCGGCGGUAGCGGCCGCGGAGAAUGCUAGGACGGACGAAGGAGGCUGUGGUAAACCCGUAACUGGACUCGGGAGAGGGGUGGCUGAUGUGGUACGAUUGCUGUUGGUUGUAAAACGAGGUUCGCUGGUGGUAUUGUAUGCCGUGUAUGUCAGUCGCCGUUUGUCCCCAACUAAUCGUCAUAAAAGAUUCAGUCCUGGGCGAAUCUCUGAUCACCGUCAGAGAAAAGACAGACCUUCAUGUUACACCUGACGGACAACGAUUAUUUCGUUUUGUGUGCCAUUUGAUGGGUAAAUGUAAAGGGUGUGGACUAUGGAUGCUGUAUGAUAAAGAUGUUUUGAUAGUUUUGUUGCUGACGGAAAGAUAUAUAGGCGUAUGUUGAAUUAUGCCUUCAAGUGGCCUGUGAGAAAAUAAAUAGCUAGCGAAGUAGUGCAA